AUGAAGGAGCUAAGUGGCGUUAGUGUACGUUCGGUGUCCGCGCACGCGUCUUAUAGCGCCUUGGAGUCUUGUGUCACUUUUUUUUUGUGUAAAGUGAAUUCUGCCUACAAGACACUAACCAUGUUAGAGGGAACCAAGAUCAACUCACCUUCACAAAUGGCGAGCGUUUUCGACAUUGCCAAGGACACCGUCCUAUUUCUCGUAUUAUCUUGUUACUACAUCCUUGAGUCGCUAUUCUGGACUUUAGUACCAAAUGCAAUAAGGCCUAUGAAAAGUCUUAAAAGUGAUGUAGUAUUGGUGACUGGAGGCGGAGGCGGUGUUGGGCGCCACCUAGCGCUGAAACUUGCAAGACUUGGAGCAAAAGUGGUCGUUUGGGAUAUCAGCAAAGAAGGUUUGCAGAAGACUUGCGCAGCAGUAAUAGACGAAGGCUACGAAAUCGCAAGCUACGUCGUAGACCUAGCUGACCGUAGCGCUGUCUACUUAGCCGCUGAAAAGGUCAAGAGAGAGGUUGGAAAAGUGGAUGUGUUAAUUAACAACGCUGGCACAGUAUUUGGUGAAACACUAUUGGACCUAUCGGACAACGCUAUUGAAACAACUUACAAAGUCAACAUCCUCUCGCAUUAUUGGACGGUCAAAGCCUUCCUACCUGAAAUGAUCAACACCGGCAAGGGACAUAUCGUGACAGUUGGCUCCGUUGCCGGAUUACUGGGCACGUACCGCUGCACUGACUACAGCGCCACCAAAUUUGCUACUGUUGGCUUCCAUGAAAGCCUCUUCACCGAGCUAAGAGCUCACGGCCACAACACAAUCCAUGCUACCCUAGUGUGCCCAUACUACAUAAAUACGGGUAUGUUUGACGGCGUCACUCCUCGGCUUAUGCCAAUGUUAGAGCCGGACUACGUGGCGGAGACCAUGAUCGAUUCCAUCAGGAAGAAUGAAGUCAAUUGCAUAAUGCCUGGUUCAGUCAGAUACCUUUUGCCUUUAAAGUGCCUCCUCCCAGCGAAAAUGUGCUGGGAUCUGAUGCACCGCGUGAUGAAAGGACCACAGUCUAUGAUGGAGUUCAAGGGAAAGCCUAAGGCUGUAACUCAAUGA